AUGUCGUAUGUUACCACGAUGUUACGCGUGGCCGCCACAAGCAAUGUUCACCUGGGUGGCAUCACUUUGUCAGGAGAGAAGACCCACUACAUUGGGUACGACAAUCCAAUGUAG